AUGUCAGAACAUAUCAGUGACGAUGAUCAGUUCAAAAGAAGAAAGAUCAGUAUGACAAUGAAUAGUAUGGUAUUUACCGAUCCAUAUGGAUAUAGCGAUGACAAUGAAGAACAAAAAGAAGAAGAAGACUAUGAACCGGUACGACAAGCCAACUCCAAUGAUGGAUUGAAAAGCGACCAGAUGUUAAAGACCUAUGGUAUGGGUGCCAAGCUUUUAUCAAAAAUGGGUUACAAACAAGGUGAAGGUUUAGGACGAGAUGGGAAAGGUAUAGUGAACCCAAUCGAAACAGUCACUCGUCCUAAAGGUGUCGGAUUAGGGAUGUUAAGUGCAGUACAUGAUAGAGAUGACUCCAACUAUAGUAAUACUUCAGCAUCAUCAGAUGAAAGUUCAAAUAAAAAGAAAACAGUGGAGUUUAAGACUCGUCGUGCCACCCAGCUUGAGAAAUUGAUUCAAAAUAUAAGUCUCCUUGCGGAAUUAAAAAUAGAACUACCUGAUACGGUGACAAGAACAAUCAAUGGUUCUGAAUUACAUGAAGAAGAGAUUUCCUCUUUGAAUGAAAUUGCUAAUAAGCUUCUGCAGCUUCAUUCGGACAUAGAUAGAAUACAAGUUGGCUUGGAAAAAGCUCAACUAGAUGACGAGCGCAAAGUACACCAAGAGGAAAGGCUACAAAGUGUUUUAGAAAAAGUCAAGGAAAAACAACUUUCGCAACCAAGUCUUGAAGAUCAGAUUACUGAAUGCCUAGAAAUAAAUGACGAUGACAUACUUGAUAAGCUCUGUACCAUGUUCUUGCUCAAAGAGCUUAAUCGUGGAAUUAAUACGGCAGAUAUGCAGGUCGAAAAGUUGAACCAUUUGAGGGCAGCAAUAAGGUUUCUUUCAUAUAGAAUGGAAUCUGGAUAUAUUUUGAACGAAACACAAAGCAGCAUUUAUAGGUUGGUGUAUCAACCCUUAUGUUAUUGGUUAGAUUCAAAUACCGGAUAUUCGAGGAUGCUACGUCAAAUAACCGUUCAGUAUUUACCUAUUAUUGACUUUAUUAGCUGCAGGGAACACUUCCUUUCCCGCUACAUUAUGCCGGCUCUCGAAAUACAACUUUCUCCUCAAUUUCUGUCAGAUGAAUUCAUGGUGACAUACGGCGAGUUGCAUCUCAUUUUGGGAGAAAGGGAUUUAAAGUCAUUAAAAGCACUUAUCCUGCUGGAGUUCGAGCAGUUUUUGAAAAAUUGGGAACCUUCAAUGACUGUUAACCCUCAAAACGUUAUUCUCUUGAAGGAGGCAGUGGGUGACUCCAAGUUUUAUGAAUUAGUCAACAGGUAUUGGCUUUCAUCUUUCGCUGAUUACUUCGAUUCACACUUUCACCUGAUUGACGAAUUUACCGAUGCAGAGAAUGAAAUUUACAUUUCAGCUAUUAUUGAUGUGUUGAAAGAAUAUAAUGAUUUCUUCGAUUUGCCAACCAGGAAUAAAGUAUAUAAGGUCAUUAACAACUCGCUAUUAAAGACCUUAUUCCAAUGGUUUGUGUUUAAGAGCAGCACCUUCCGUUAUGAAGCUUCUUCAUGGCUAAAAUACAUGAUUAAUAGAAUUUACACUGCAUCUUCAUUAGAUAAUGUAGAAGAAGUGAAGAAACUUCUUGACUUUGUCGAUCAUCCGUCAACACUUUCGGACCAUGACGAACGGCUUUCCUUGAAAAGUUUAAUUGAAAGCACUGGCCAGUCGGAAUCCAGGUUCAACGCUUUUAACAAUACACCCAUGACCAAAAUUUCUACCACCUUUAAAACUGUUGUAGAAACUUUUUGUCAUGAUCAUGGAUUAUCCUUCAGAAAAACUGAUAAUGAUACUGCCUCAAUUAAUAUAUUUGGCAAAGAGAAGGUAGCUCCGGUAUUCACUGUGAGUAAAUAUAACAAUAAAAGAGUAAAUGUAGUCCUUAUGGGAGAUAUUUUAUGGUUACAAAGGAGAAACAGAACAGAAUCAAGAUUUGAGCCAAUUUUUCUCUACCAAUUACUGGAUCUAAUUUGA